UCGAUCAGCUGUCAGUGGUCCACGUAGCUCAAUGUAAGCUUACGUCCCUGGUAUCGAAGAGAGUCUUCUCCUUGCAGCGCAGUGCUCUAGCACAACGAGUUCCCAAAAUGAGUUCAAGGAUGCUCUGGAGUAGACUCUCGUUACAAACGCUUCGUCCCAAAUCAGUGGCCCUCUUAGACCUCCCGGACCGCAUGAACGUCAGGGGAAGGAGGAAGCAAGUUUCGAAGGUCGGAACGAAGGAGCAAGUUGUAUUCCCUGGGGGAUGAUCAGGAGAAGCUCUGGCAAGACAACACAAUGGACGCGAUUAUUCGAUGACAGCACAGGUUUUGCUCCAAGCAAGAGUUUCCAUGAAACUGACGGUAUAUCUGUGCGACAGUCCACAGACUCACAGAUGGCAAUGGCGUCAGAAUGGCGUCAGAAUUACCUGGGCGUCAAAGUAAAACUUGAUCCAGUUCCUUUCCCUGGGCAUGAGGUUUACGUUCCUUUCUUUUUUUCUCCCAUAGUAACCGUAACCAACGACAAAUUACCUCGCAAGGUGAACGACAUGGACUCCGUGUACAUUUGAGGGCUGGCCAUGCACAGGCUCACGCUCGCUCCUGGAGAAUGGGACUGAUGGCAGAGAAGUAGCCCUGAGAUCAUGAUCUCCCUCCACUCCAUACAGAAGCGAGACAGGAGUCGAGAACAUCAGUCCUGUCUCGAUGACAUGACCACAAUUAGUAUCUAGGGUCUAUGUCUACAUCUCGUGAUUUCCUUCAGGUAGAAAUGCGAGAUACGUCGUUUGUAGCCCCAUUCGGACUGAACCACUCCUCCAUAGCUCCAUUCACUCGAUCUUCGACAAGUGGCUCGGAACGUGGCAGGACGAGCUCGAGUCGACAAGCAGAUGUCUGCUCAGUCUUCGACUCCUGCCGCUAUAUAAACACUGUCCUUCCCUCACAACCAUAUCUUACGUAGCUCAAUAUCGAGAAAGAUACACAUCUGCAAAUAUUCGAACAUAGAACAUAGAUCACUUGAGAACAGACUCAGCAGGAAUUCACUCAUCUCACUCAGCACAUCGACAGGAAAAAUGGCAAUGGCGAGCGUUGUCGGUUGCAGUGUUGUCAGCCCCUCUGUUGCCAUGUUCAAGAGUGGCAGUAAGAUCGGUAGCCAGAUCGGUGUACAGGGCGUCCCCCAGCUGAGCAUGAGGCGACAUUCCGGCAAUUCCAGCAGCUUCAUCGUGAGAGCUUCCCAGCAGCAACGAAAGGAAGAUGUGCCUCUGGCCGGAACGAAGGUGGAGAUCACGGAGGAGCAAGUGAAGAAGAACGAGCAGGAAGAGCCUCUGAGAGUUUUCGACAACACGGCGGCGGGCAAAUUCGCCCGCCCCGAGAGCGAGCGUCGCCCGGAGAUGGGCAACACGGACUUCGUCAGCGUGAUGAGGUUCGAUGGCCCUGCCCCUGAGACCAUCAAUGGACGACUGGCCAUGCUGGGCAUCACCUGGGCUUUCGCCGCCGAGAUUAUGACUGGCCACAGCGUCGUGCAGCAGGUGGUGAACGGGACCGGACUGCUUUGGUUUUUGGCAGUGGCACCAGUGUUCAUUUGGGCAUCGUUCGUGCCCAUCUUUGGGUGGAACGAGUCUCCAGACAGCAGGAAGUUCGGACCUUUCAACGCCAAGGCCGAGCGAUGGAACGGACGAGCUGCAAUGAUUGGAUUCUUUUCUUUGAUAGUGGCCGAGCAGCUGCUGGUCCACGGACCCCUCUUCGGAUUCCUCCACCAUUAAAUUUGUCGACAUUUUUGCACCUAAAUUAAGCUGUGGAAGGCGUAGGAAGUUGAAAUGAUAGCAUUACUCCUUAAUUUAUUGGUAUGCCCGGGUCUAGGAACAACUUCAGAAGAGACAGUAAAGUUAGAAACUGAAGUUCGGUAAAACGCUGUGCUCAAAAGUUGCGCCUUAUGUCUCAGGUUUGUAGUGUAAGGAAAAAUGAAGUGUAGAAUAUGUAACAUAUUCAUAGGAAUAUUAUCUUCUCUGUACAAGACGCAG